AUGGCAUCACCCGCGGCUUCCGCGCUGCCGGUGACCGCAGACGCGGCAGACGACGCGGCCGCAGUGCUGCUUCGUAUCGACAGCUCCUCACUGCACUCACUAGAUGCUCCAGACGUGUGCGUGUCGCUUUACAACGAUCCACGCGUGUGCCUGGACAUGGCAGCAGACCUGACGCUCGUGCUGGGUCUUGAGCGCACCGUCUACACCACGCGCCUCGAAGAAGAAGAAGGAGACGCGAUGACCAGCACCAAACUCUCGUCUCUGUACUUCCUCGUCGACGCAGAGACCGUCCAUCUCGAGGAGCACGAGCACGUGGUCGACGUCACGUGGCUCGACUGCGAGCGCUUCUGCGUGGGCUACACCACAGGCAUCGUGCGGCUCUUCACCCGCUCUGGCACGCUCGUGUUUGAGCAGCAGUUGCACAGUGCAGCAUUGCACAAGGUGAGUGUGAACAGAGACGUGGCGACCAUGGCGCCGCGACGCGCGUUGCCAUCCAGUCAAGUCAGGAACGAGACAGAGGCCGCCGAGUUGUGGGUCUUGUAUGCCGACUCCACUGUCGUGAUUCUCCAGAUCUCGGAGGUCCUCGCCACGCUGUGUGCCGGAGGAGUUGGAUCCGCUCAGAAGUUCCGAAAGUACUCGCUGCGAGGCCAGACAGACGUCAUGACUGCAGUUCCGUGUGGACCUGUAAGACCCACGAUCUUCCAGUCGCACGCUCGUCUUGGUGUCUGCACGAUCAUGAGUGCUGGCUCAGCGCCGUUUCUCUCGUUCUACCAGGCAGGUAGUGACCAGAACUCGGUCAUUCACUUGGCGCAAAUUGCGACAGCUAUUGCGUCCAAAGCUGCGGGAGCCGUGUGGCACUUUGCUACGACGUGGGGAUGGAGACGAGGCACGGAAAGCGCAUUGAGUCGUGAAGACGGGCAGCAACCGACAUAUGCUUCGCUAGGUGCAGGCGCGAUUGAUAGUGCAGUGGAGCACGUGCCGACUCAACUUGGCUCGACUCGAUCGAUUGACGACGAUGAACGGCGGCGGUGUCGAGUCCUAGUUUUGAGUCCUACGGGCAAAUUAGCGGCUGUUUCAGACACGCUUGGACGUGUUUUACUGAUUGAUACUGCUCGAAUGGUUGUAGUGCGGAUGUGGAAAGGGUAUCGAAACGGACAGUGUGGCUGGAUGCAGGGCUUGGAAGGUGCUCGUCGCCCGCUUGGAUUGUAUUUGGUCAUUUACUCUGCUCAACGAGGCAUCGUCGAAGUAUGGCGUGCACGAUACGGUCCCCGAGUUUUCAGCCUUGCAGUGGGUAACUGCGCCAAGCUCUUCACGCAGUUUGAUCCUACCACAAGAAGGACAAAGUGUUAUGUUUUGACGAAAACGAGCGGCAAUGUGUCUGAAGUUAUCGAGCUGAAACCUGGGCUACCGAAUGCAUCGACUUUGAUGAAGUAUUUCACGCAAAACAAACUUCAAGAGGAGCAAUUCCUGUUGCACCAAGUGAUUGGCAGUCUUCGUGCGUUUGUGAAGAAAAAGAGCAUUAAUACACUCGACCACGAUACGCUGAACCCACUACUAGCAGACAUGCGUAGUUUUUCUGCGUUGACGACAAUCCAGACACUUCUAGAUGUCUUGCUGAAGGCUGGUAUGGCAUUGCUCGAUGCCGCCUUCUUGCUAAAGGCACUGGAGAAUUUACAGCUGGUACGGUAG